CUUACCUGGUCAGAUAUGUUCAUGCCCAAACUGUAAACAAUGGCGGCGAACAGACAAGAACAACAGAGACAAAAAAUGCCCCACUAUUAAAAAAGAUGACUGAUGAAGAAAGCAGUGUGAAAAGAAAGAAUUGGACCGAGCCAGAGAGACAACAAGGAUACAUUUCAGAGCAUCAUUUCAGAGGUGGAGGGAGCUGCAGGAUUUGUGAGGACUCAAGAGAGUUGGACGCUUCUCUGCUGGACAGAUUCAUGUCGGAAAUGCUGCUGCAGCCCGAAACUGUGAAAGCUCGAGAGUGACAUUUGGACUUUGAUUGAUCGCUGCUCACAACUCCAGGUCGAGCAUGGGUCGCUACCUCAGCGCCAACUUGUGUUCAAGUUCUGUGAACAAGACUUUAAGGUCGUACUGCAAGAUUAGGUACCUGAUGAGCCUUCUCAGAAAGUACCCUCGUCUGGCCAAAGCACCGCUCUGCCUGGACCUGCACAGAAACUCACUGCUGUCACCUCCUCAUUCUUCCAGAUUUACAAGAAAACCUAAGAGUUUUAACAACACUGAUACAAACUCUACCUCUUACCACUUCCACAGAGUUUUUUGCAAAGAAGUAACACUUCCCCAGUUUGUGCGUUUUUACUCAUCCUCCAAUAAGAAUACAUUCAAACCUGAAGCUCCAAUUGGGAUCUUUGAGGAGGCUCAGAGCGGCGUAAACCUCAGUUCACUGGGAGGUCGUCUCGGUCAAUCAUUUAAUCGAUGGUCCAGACACAUUAACGUUUAUUUCAAGAGACAGGACGUUGCACCUCUGGCUGAAAAUGCCUGUCUUGUUGUCACAACUCCCGACUAUCUUGGCAGGUCACAGAGGCGAAGUCAAAGUCAACGGGCAGCCAGGGAGCGAAAAAUAACUGAGGGCAAAGCCGUGACGGAGACUUUGACAUCCAAAGACAGACAGGAAAGCUCAGAAACAAGUGCAACAGCACAGGGGGCUUCUAAGCUCCAACUAUUUCACAUCAGCACUUUGGCGACAACAUUCGGUGAGAGCUACAGCUACGUUGCUAAUCACAUUAACUCAGUCUUCUCUUGCGGCUCUUCCAAAGCUCAAGUGCACGAGAAUUCGGACACCGUGCCUUCCACCAGUGGAACAAACAGAAGGCAUGUGAGGAGAAAACUGCAAAACACCAAAGAAGCUGAAGUGCCUCAAGUAAAAUCAGCAGCAGUGGAAGCUGACAGUAUCUCCAGCAGCUGGGAGGAGGGAUACCUCCACUUUGCAAGACAUAUCAAUAAAUACUUUGGUGCAAAGGUUACUGAUGACGUUGACCAAAAUCAGCACAGGGGAGAAAACAACACCAGUUACAAAAUAUACCUUUCAACACAGUCUACCUCACAAACCCAAGGUGCCAUAUCACAACUGAAACACAAAGAACCUCUCACCCCUGAAAAUGAAGGCCUUUUCCACAGCAGCUGUAAUACCACCAACUUUGGGGAGAACUACUUCCAAACGGCCGGACACAUUAAUCAGUAUUUUAAGGGUCAAAGUGGAUCAGAUGAGGACACUGAGCGAAAUGUCUUCAUAGAGGUAGAUGCUGGGACAGCUGCCUCUGAGAAGACUGUGUCCUUUAUGGACUGCCUUCGCCGCCCCACAAGUGCCAUCCCUGACCUGCUGGGUGCUUUUCUGAAUCUGGGCCCCUUGACCCAGACCGGGAGGCCCAAACCUGCCAUGGCAUCACCAGCAAUAUUGAAUAAAAAGCUUGUCUUGAGUCAGAGGCAGGCGGAGAAAAUAACAAAAAGGCUGAUUGGCAGCCUGGCACAGGCUUCAUCUCCCGGAGCCCUGACUGCCUGCGUGGAGGCUCUCAAUGAACACCUCAUCCGCCAUCCGUCAUGUAAAGCUUUAAUGUGGCAGGAGAGGACCGGGGUGACGUUGCUGAGAAAGCGGCGGAGCCACAGAGAAAACCAGGAGCUUCAGGGCGCCUUGAGAGAAACUUUGGCCCUUAUUGGCUACAUGGAUCCAGUCAAAGGUCGCGGCAUUAGAGUGCUAUCGAUUGACGGCGGAGGCACAAGAGGUGUAGUGCCUUUGCAGGUGUUAAAGCUGCUGGAAGCCGAGACAGGCAAGAAGAUCUACCAGCUGUUUGACUACAUCUGUGGAGUGAGCACAGGAGCCGUUCUUGCCUUCAUGCUGGGUCUGGCCCAUUUUUCUCUGGAGGAGUGUGCUGACAUGUAUCGUCGCUUUGGCUCUGAAGUGUUUCGGCAGAACCCGCUGGUUGGCACCGUGAAGAUGGGCUGGAGUCACUCGUACUAUGACACUGAGAUCUGGGAGAAAAUACUGCAGGAAAAGCUGGGAAAUAGAUUACUCAUCCAAACAGCAAGAGAUGAGUUGAGUCCAAAGGUUUCAGCAGUCAGCACGGUGGUAAACUGGGGCACCGGUCCAAAAGCCUUCGUCUUCCGCAACUACAACCACAAGCCAGGCUCUCUCAGCCGCUACGCAGGAGUCUCAGGCUGCCAGAUGUGGCAGGCAGUGCGAGCAUCAUCAGCUGCUCCGGGGUACUUCCAGGAGUUCCCCUUACAAAGUGACAUUCAUCAGGAUGGAGGAAUUAUCAUGAACAAUCCUUGUGCCCUGGCCGUCCACGAGAGCCGCCUGUUGUGGCCCAAUCAGCCCUUCCAGUGCGUCCUGUCCCUUGGCACCGGCCGCUAUGACAACGCUAAGAGGGCCCCCGGCACCUCCACCAGCCUGAGGGCCAAAAUCAGCAGCCUGAUCUGCAGCGCCACCGACACCGAAGGGGUCCACACCCUCCUGGACGACCUGCUGGCUCCAGACGUCUACUUCCGCUUCAACCCCAUGUUGAGCGCCGUGGUGUCUCUGGACGAGAGCCGACCCCGGGCCAUGGACCAGCUGCAGAGAGACACCCAGAGCUACCUGGAGAGGAACCGUCCAAAGUUGGCCAGGCUGUGUUUGGUGCUCGGGGCGGAGCGAUCGGCUGCCAGCAGAACUAAGGACUGGAUGAGUGAGAGGGCCUGGGAGAUGAAGCAGAGAUGGAUGUGAGGAGGUAUAACACGAAGAAUCACAGGCUUUUGAAUGUUUCGGCUGUUUUUUCCUGUGAUACAUAACCUUAAUGCUGAAGUAAUACAAUGUUGACAACGUGACUUUUUCACAUAUAUCGUUUCUGUUUGAUGACUUUUUGACAUGGCCCUACUGAACAAAUAUGCACAUUCAUAAACUAGGCACUUUUUAAUGCACUUUAUAUGAAAAGCUUUGUGAAACAUGCACAUGUGACUUCAUUCUUGUUGAUUGUAAUUUAAGCUAUUUAUUGUAUUUACAUGUGACAUUACAUCCCAUGUAGUAUAUUAUUGUACUACUUGGAGUAUUUAUUUGGAAUAAAUAAUAUUCA